AUGGAGGAAAAGGCUCUUGUAACAGAAGCUAUGGAAUUCAAAGAUUCUUCUGAAACUGAUUUAAUAGAGGCGGGCCCUUCUGGGCCAAUGGUUUCAGAUGAAGAAAAAUCGGAUAAGGUUCCAGAACCAAAAAGGCGAAAUAGGAAAAGUAAGGAAGAGUUGUUGUCUAGAGAAUUCCCGAAAGCCUUGGAUGAGUCUUCUUCGGAUGUGGAAGACCGGGUGGAGUCAGGUGCCUCGGGCCCCUAUUCCCCAGUCUUUGACACACAGGCUGUUUCAAGGCUCAUAGACAUUUCGGGGUUUUCACAAGACCUAGAAGAUAUGUUGGAGUCAGUUAGUGAGACCUGA